AUGUUUAACUUAGUAUCUAGAGCUCAAGCAGUGUCGAAUCAUGUUUUAACGUGUUCGAUGAUUUUAGGUGCCUUGGUAGCUAUUUCUUCCUUAAUUCAAUUAUAUUCAAACAAUGUAUGGGGACUCAAUAAUUCCAUUGAAAACAUUAAAGCCAACGCAUCAUUAAAGAAUUCAUUCCAAUAUGGAAGUAAAAAUGGUAAACCAAAGGAAAAUUCCAUCAUUAAAUUCGACCUUGAAACCGACUUAUCAUCAUUAUUCAAUUGGAAUACCAAACAAGUAUUUGUUUACUUGACUGCCGAAUAUCCAGGUAAAAGUGAAGAAUCAUAUAAUAAAGUUACUUAUUGGGACAAAAUUAUCACCAAUAAAGAAGAUGCUAAAAUCAAAUUAUCUAAUCAAAGAGCUAAAUAUUCAGUUUGGGAUGUAGAAGAUUCAUUCCGUUCUAGAAUUGCUAACUUAACAUUAGAAUGGAAUGUUCAACCUCAUAUUGGUCCUUUGAUUUAUGGUAAAACCGUCACCAAAACUCCUUUCACUUUUGCUGAAGUUAAGACCAAAAAGACUACCAAUAAUCAAUAG